ACACACACACACACACACACAAAAAACGUAGGGGUGUUUCUUUUGUUGAAAAGAAAAUGACAUCAGUUUGAAAUGCUUCUUUAGACGAGACGUCAUUUUGUUGUUUGGACGGACCGCGGCUUACGUAACUAGUAAGAAUUAACGGAGAUGGCGCUGGCGGGGGAAGAGGGAGAUAAAACGAGUGGACCUGAAUCAAAACCCUUUCCCGUUUUUGGAGCGGCAAGUGAGGGCCUUCAGAGCCGAGCCGGUUCCAGCGAACGGGACAGCCAGGUCCGAGUGUUGAAAUCUUCACUGGCAGCGCGACUGGGACCCUACGAGCCGGUGGUGACCUACCUGCAGUCGGGGCUGGUAUGGGAAAAGCCCUUGCACAGCCUGUUGCUGUACUUGGUAGUCAACGCUGUAUUCUGGUUUUUUGCACUGACGUCUCUCCGGUUGGUUUUCCUACUUUGCUCUGGCCUGACUGUCGUAGUGUGCGUGGACACGUGGAAAAACAAAAUCUGGCCUACAAUCAGAGUUAAACAGUCAUAUGAUUCUGACAAUGAAAGCUGGGGCCUUGUGCACCCAAGACUGCUUAGCGUGCCAGAGCUUUGUCAUCACAUGGCAGAGAUAUGGGUCAGUGGAGCGUCUUUUGCACAAAACCUGGCGCAUUUCAAACAACACAAUCCUGGCAAGUUUUGUCUUUUAGUCUGCGGAUUCCUCAUGUUCUCGGCAGGGCUGGGCCGCUGUGUUCCAGGGUUUCUGCUUUCAUACUUCAUUUUGCUUUCAGUUCUGCUGUGGCCCCUGGCUGUUUAUCACAGGGUGGGCCAGCGAAUCCACACCCGGCUGGAGCCUGCCCUUCUGCGGCUGGAUUUCAGCGUGCGUGGGUACAUGAUGUCGAAGCGGAAAGAAAGACAAAUGCAUCGCAAACCGUUUCGUCAGGGGCCUGUGGCAGAUAGAAGUGACAGUGAAGAGGAACUGGCUGCUUUUUGUCCAAAGCUUGAUGAUUCACUGGUGGCUAGGGAGCUGGCAAUCACUGACUCGGAGCACUCAGAUGUUGAAGUGUCUUACACAGACAACGGGACGUUUAAUCUGUCCAGGGGACAAACGCCACUCACAGAGGGAUCAGAGGAUCUGGACCGCCACAGCGAUCCUGAAGAAUCGUUUGCCAGAGAUCUUCCAGAUUUUCCUUCCAUCAAUCCCGACGCCACCCUGCUGGACGACGAUGACGACACCAGCAUCGGGAUCCCCAAUGUACCCUACAGAUCCCUGACCCAGGAGGAAGCGUGCAUGUACUCGGACCAAGAAGACGUCGAUGCAGAGCUGUCCCUUAGUGGCCUUCCACCUGCUCACGACUUCACCAAUGACAUCGCUGGGAUCAUAGCCAGCAACAUGAUUCAGGCAGCCCUGGUCGGAGCUGUGCAGGACCCUGCCUGGAGAGACGAUCCCCAGAGGAUGCCCCCUAGAGGCUACCGCAAGCAGUCCAGCUCUGAACUGGACACUGAUGGGGAAGGGGAUGAUUUUGAAAUGCUGGACCAGUCUGAACUUAACCAGAUUGAUCCGAUUGGUUCUCAGGGUGGAGGGAGUGGCCAGCAGCAGCAACAUUCCGCUUCAGGGUUUCUGUCCAACUUCCUGAGAAAACAGUAGCUUGUUUUUCAACACGCGUGGGAUGUUGUUCAGUAAAUGUCCGCAUAUCAUUAUGCUGUUGUUUGUGUGUGAUGAUCGUUGCGGUGACCAAUCUUGCUUUUUCGGUUGCGUUUUCUUAUCACUGUGAAGUACGAAGCAUCAUCGCUUAUUCUCAUCCUACCUAUCGCCACUGCUCCCUGAAAAAGAAUUUAGAAACCCCACUAAUGUGAAUUGCGACUCAUCAUUGCCUCCCAUGAUAUAAAGUAAUUGGCGU